AUGAAUUCCUAGUCACCACCAUGGAACAUUUUAAAGCCCACACCUUUGAAUCUUCUCCAAAAAUAAGCACUAGAAGAAGAAGAGCCCUUCAUUCUUGAGGGAAAUAGUAAAGAAAUUAAAUUUAACGAACUCCUUAUUGUACUAAAUUAUGAUCCAAAUACAGAAGUGACGUACAUUAAGAGACAAGUAUUAAAAUGUAAAGGGCUCUCCAAUAUUGGAUGGAUAAACCCUUGUUUAGACUCAGAAAACAAUUAGACUUUAUUAAAUAAAAGGUCAAUUUUAAAACAGACCUAUAAUAGAAGAUUAUAAUGA